AUGCGGGCCACGAAGCGGCGGCGGCCGACGAGCUCGGCAGGCGCCAGUAGCAGCAACGCCAUCGCUGGGAGGCCCAGGCGCGACGGCGACGCGACGGCUCUGCAGUGCGGUAGUCACCCCUCCUCCUGCUGCUCCUCCGACGGCGGCUCCCCGCGGCGCCGCCUGGAGCUGGACGACGAGGGCAGUCAGAGCGUCCUGCUCGACCCCGGGAGCGCCGGGGCCUGGGCGGCCGGCGGCGUUCGCUACGACGCCUCCGACCACACCGUCGCACUUCCACGCAAUGGACUCACGAGCCACAUGAUGGUGCUGCCGCGCGCCCUUCUCACGGAUACCGCCACAGAUACUGACCGAGACGGCAGUAGGAACAGCCGCAGCACACCGCGGGCGGCGCGUGCAUGCGCGGAGGGCGAGCCCUGGCAAGGUUCACCCGACGCCGCGGUGGAGGAUGCACGGUGGGCGAAUAGCGUCUCACCCAGGCCGGCGGUGAAUGCCUCACCCGCGCCGCGGGAUGCGCCGGCGCCUCCGUCAGGACGCUCACUUCGUGCGGGCUGCGACUUUGUACGUCUGCCACAUCCGCGCCACGGUGAACCCGCGCUCUACCUCUGCCCUCCCACCACGGCGAGUACCGUGAACGACGCCCACAAUGACGCGGUGGGGGUGGUACUUUAUGAGGUGCAGGCACAGCUGCCACCUGGGGGGUUUGGCCAGACGUGGCUUGUGAACGACACCGUGGAGCCUAAUGAGGAGCUGCUAGUCGUGACGCCGUUUGACGUCACCUUUUUCGCCCUUCGUCAGGCGGCCACCCACGGCAGGAAGGAGAUGUUUCUCUCCGCGGAGGACCUUGUCAUGGGCGCAACCAAGGCGCGCGGCGGCGGCGCAGCGGCGUGGCCCGGCUGGAGAGUUGCUCUGGCGCAGUGCCCUGCACUGGCCCCCGUGGUGGAGGCGAUGCAGUCGCACAAGGUGCUUUCACGCAUCUGCGACGUGAAGUCGGUGGGGGGUGAACACUACUACCGCCUCAGUGCAGAGAGAAUGGGGGAGUGGCUGCGGGAGAAGCUUCGGCGCGUGACAAGCUCCCCAGCCAUGCACGCCAUCCUGCAUCUUGCUCCUCCUCCUUCUCCGUCUCCUUCUCCUUCUCUUCCUAUCACCACCACUGGUACGAAUACGGCUGGUGGUGCGCCCGCAGGAGGAGGUCGUGGCGGCGGCGACGACGACAAGGCAACAGCGGCGGCUCCCACGACGGCGGUCGGGGUUCCACUCCCGGUCGCCUUUGGUGUGGUGGCAGAGUACCUCGUUGAGGAACUGGCCAGCACGGCCGCGCAGUUGUGCGGGGCGGCUAGUUGA